AGAAGGAAGCCUUGACAAAACCUCCCAGAUUCCAGCAGACAGCGAUUGUUCCCAUGUUCUAAUCGUGUUUACUUUGUAACAAUGUGUUUGGUUUUAUUAACGGGUAUUUGAGACGACAAUGCUGGAUGGUGGUCGCAGUCAUGCGGUUCACACGGGACAUUUGCAGGCUGCUGGGGCUUGGGAGCGAAACCUCCAGUGUUCAACACCAGGAGGAGAUGGAAUGUGGAGCAGUGACCUCUGAGCCCACCGACAUCACACAGGAACAGGACAUCAGUGGAGAGGACUGUCUGAGCGAGGAGGAGAAGGCCAAACACAGAGCGGCGCGACGCAGAGCCAAGAAGAAGCGUCGACGGGAACGCAAGAAGCUGGAGCAGGUGAAGAAGCCUGAGGGCACUGAUCAGGAUGUGGAGGAUGAUGGUAGAUCUGAGGAGGAAGAGGAUAAAGAUGAGAGUGAGUCUGAGGUGGAGGUAGAAGUGGAGAUAGAGAAAGAAGAUAAAACCGCCAUCGCCUGCUCUAAGGAACCCUCUUCCCCAUCGCCAGCCCCCUCAGGAACUAAAGGACCCCAGAAUACCGCUGCACGAACAUCUGAAGAGGAACUGGAGUGGGAUGUGAGCAGUGCGUUCUUUGCUAACGCUGCUAGCCACAUCCGGCCAAAAGUUAUGACCAAACCUGGCGCCAAGUCCAAAGAGAAUAAGGAGAAUGAGAGCAGAACCAGAGAGGUGAAUGAAACUGAUGCUGUGACUAAGAGAAGUGCCUUGUUGACAGAAAAAGGGAUCAAGCUGGUCCAGGAGGGCCAGUAUUCUCAGGCAGUCAGUAUGUUUACAGAAGCCAUCAGAUACAACCCAAAGGAUUAUAGGUUCUUUGGGAACCGGUCGUACUGUUAUAGCUGUUUGGAGCAGUACCCCCAGGCCCUGUCUGAUGCUGAGAGGUCCAUCCAGCUGGCAGCUGCCUGGCCUAAAGGACACUUCCGCAAGGGCAGCGCACUCAUUGGCAUGAAGAGGUACAGUGAGGCGGAGAAAGCCAUGGAACAGGUGCUGAUGCUGGAUGAAGACUGUGAGGAGGCAGUCAUCGAUCUCUUCAACUGCAAAGUCUUACAGCUUAUGGAGCUGGGUUUUGAGGAGAUGCAGAGUGUGUUGCUGCUGGAGAGAUUCACCAGUGUACAGGCUGUGCUGGCUUCACCUGAGGCUUCUAGGGUGGUGAGCCAGGACUCCUCAUUGAGCCUGCCAGGGUCCUUGUGUGCAUCUCUCUGGGUGGGGAACGUGACCACUGAGAUUGCUGAGAAACACCUAUUGGACCUAUUUCAAACCUAUGGGGAGAUAGACAGUAUACGAGUUAUCCAUGAGCGGUUCUGUGCAUUUGUCAACUUCAAGAAUGCCAACAUGGCAUCGCGGGCCAUGGAGAAACUCAACGGCUACAGUAUAGAGAACACAAGGUUGGUGGUUCGCUACCCAGACCGUAACACCCAGAGGGUUCUGCCAAUCCCCCUCAAGAGUAGCCCCCCCACAUCGCAACAGGCAGCUGCUGCUACUUGUCCCAGACGUCGUGGCCCAGUGAACGGAGAUGAGUGUUACUUCUGGAGGACCACUGGCUGCCAUUUUGGGGACAAGUGUCGCUACAAACACAUUACCGAACAGAGGGGCAAAGACAGGAAGCCCUGGCAGCCCUGAGCAGUUUCCUCCCCACCUCUGGGCUUUUAUAGAAACUGGAACCCCAUUACAAACACUGACUGAGCCGAAGGUCUGUUAAAUUGGGCCAUGUUCUCCCCCCCCCAAGGACAGCAGGAGAACUGUUGUUAUGGAGGUCAAUGUUAAGAGUAAUAAAAUGGUGGACACCAUAAUUAAUAAGAGCAUAUUUUGACUAAUAAUGGACCAAUUAACAGCCGUUCCCCUUGACCACAGCUCGGUGUUUAGGCUCAUGGGAACCAACCUCAAAAGCUUUAAGCCUUAACCUUCAUCAGUUAGCCUUACAGCUAGCAUUCGUUAGCCUAACCAGCCAUGGCCUCUCUAAAUGAGUCUAGUUCAAGGCUUAGAGGAAGAAAGGUGUCAUACAUUGUCAAGAUUCUCUAGGAGGAGCUCUCCUUUCUCUGCUUUGGUGAAGGUAACCAACUGAACAAUUUUCUAUGACCUCUGUUCGAUCAUUUUUCUGAUUUGAGUCUUGAUCCUGGGAAAGUGAAAAUGGGUGCUGUUUCUCUACUAAGGGCAAGCUGCAGUCUCGGUCCCUUCAGCCCUGGCUCGGCUAUGCUAUGCUAAUCUACAGCCACUACUGUCUGGGUUUUGUGGCCUGUGCUGUCCUUGUCCUCCUCCUCUCAUUUCUCAACAUCUCUCUUACCGUGCCAAUACCGUCAGAAUGGAAUAGGCCCUCCACACCAAAGGAGACCCAGAAGCCAUGCUGCAGAUACACCCUGAUGUUUCAGUUCCUCGCUAAAAGGAUGGUGCCUCCCUUCCACUCUGACUUGGUGCUUAGUAACCUUAUAAUAGUAUAAUGUUCAUUAGGCACCAAAUUUGAGAAAACAGACACAGGGAAGGACUACCUGGAUUUCUCCAAAAAUAAAUGUUCCAUUUCCAAACAUUUUCCUUGGCAUGCCCUAAUGAACAUGACCCAGUGCUUGAUCUACACUGGGCUAUGGAUCUGUGCUAUUGGCCUUAGCUAUGUGGUCCAUUGCAAUGUGCACAAACCCCAUAAUGAACAUCUAAAGAGAGCAGUACCACCAAAUUCCAUAAAGGUAACUUGUUCUUCAGUGUAUUAAUGUGUGUUUCUAUUUUUCAUUUUACUACUGUACCCGAUGGCCAACCACUUAAAUGCACACUGAAUCUUUUGGGUGAUUUUUGACACUGAGAAUUGACACCUACUUUUCUGUGUUUGUCAAGGUUUGAGUAAUUGUAGUUAUUUAGUAAGCUAGUUUUUAAAACAUCUGGGAAAUAAGCCUCUUGCUUCUUGAAUGAACCAAAUUGAUUUCUCUUGCGGUUUCCAUCUACCAUCUAUUCUCUAGAACAAGCACCCUCUUUGUCCUAUGAAGGGACAGAAUCGCUGAAUUUACACUGUAUUCGGAGGGUAUUCAGACCCCUUGACUUUUUCGAUAUUUUGUUACAUUACAGCCUUUUUCUAAAAUUGAUUGAUUGAUGGAAAAGAAACAAUCUACACACAAUACAGCAUAAUGACAAAGUGAAAACAAGUUUUUAGAUUUUUUUGGGAAACCGAUACCUUAUUUACAUUAUUAUUCAGAAGGGGAGGUUCUGCUUUUCUGUGGUUGCCUUGGUUCCAGCCUCGUAGAGAUUGGUCAAAGCAAACAGAACUUCAUAUUGGGGAAAAAGUCACAUGAGAAACCACGAGAAUAUUACCUUUUAAACGACUCGCAGAAGUGUAUUUUUUUGUUCGUUUCAUGACCAAGUACACAGUAUUCGCUCAUUUUGGCCGAUGCAUGUUUAAUAAUUUUGAUAGAAAUGAACAAUUAAGUAUUUCUGUGUGGUGGCCACUUUUUUUUUAUUUGGUGUGAUUUUAGUAAAGGAGUCCAUUUCUCAAGCCCCUAUUUUAAUUUUAUUUUUAUGAUCUACCCCACGAAAUCUGUAUACGCACCAAACUGUUUAACUCAGGCACUGUAAUCUCUGUUUAUGCUAAAUCUACCAAAUAUUGUGUUAAACUAUUCUGCACUGCCAAAGAGUCCUUUGUAAGUCAUACAUUUAUUUGAAUAAUUUCA